AGUUCGUUGGGUUGUCAAGGAGUCUCCCUAUGGUAAAAGAUUAGAGCCUUACCAACGCUACUGGAGCAUUGUAAGUGACCCCAGUAGUGAGCCCUGGAGCGUGGAGCAUAACAGGUAACCCAGCAGUGACCAUCUGGAGUGUGGGGCUUGGCAUGUAAACCAGCAGUGAAACCUGGAGCAUUUUAGGUGAUCCAACAGUGAGAUUUGGAGCAUAGUUGGUGAUCCAUCAGUGAGGAUUAGAGCGUGGAGCAUACCAGAUGACCGAACAGCGAUUCAUGGAGCAUAACAGCUGAUAUUCGAGCGAAUCCUUGAACGUGGAGCAUAAUAGAUGUUCCAGCAGUAAGUCAUGGAGCAUUAUAAGUGAGGACUAUAGCGUGGAGCAUACCAGAUAAUCCAACAGUGAGAGCUGGAGCGUGAGGGAUAUAUGGAAUAUAUCCCUGGAGCAUAAAUUCAAAACUGGAGUAUUAAGGCCAACCAACAAAUCCUCGGAACAUGGUGAUUGACGAGCAUAUUCGUGGAGCAUAUCACCAAUAAUUAAAUCAUGAAAAACUCACAUAUGCUCCAGUUAUAAGGAGAUAAGAAUCCAACUAUAAAUAUUAGGCUCCUGGAGCAUAAACAUCACCACACUAUCUUAUAUCUUGGAGCAUAUCAGACUUAAUAAGUCUUCGGACACUGGAGCAUAAGUCUUGGGUAUCUGGAGCAUUGGAACCCUAUCAAGCUAUUCUAAAUCACCUGGAGCAUACCACUAACCAGCCAACCAGCAUCUACCAGUCUACUAACCACAAUCUACCAGCAACCAACCACAAUCUACCAGCAACCAACCACAAUCUACCGAGAACCAACCAUCAACCAACCAACCAACCAAUCACCAUGUACACGGACAACAACACACUAACGACCAAUAACUACUUCCCAAGCUACGAUAACUACCCUUACAACACAACAGCUUGUUACUACGAUACCUCCCAUAACGACACCUCUUAUAACGAACUCUGCAGCAAUUACGAAGUACCAAUGUUCCGUCAUGCGUUACCAGUUACUAUCUUGUACUGUGUGGCGUAUGUACUUGUGUCAGUUAUGGGGGUAAUUGGCAAUAGUUUCGUGGUAGCUGUGGUUGUUAGAGCAGCGAGAAUGCGGACGGUAACCAAUGUGUUUAUCGCCAAUCUCGCCGUAGCCGAUUUAUUGGUGAAUAUUAUUGUUAUGCCUACGACUCUGAUUGGUCAUCUCUUGAAUGCUUGGGUUCUUGGCCUGUUCGUCUGCAAGGCCAUGUCAUACCUUCAAGGAGUGAGUGUAUCAGCAAGUAUCAACACUCUGGUGGCCAUAUCUGUGGAUAGGGCCAUGGCCAUCUGUUACCCAAUGAAAUGCCAGAUUACUUCCCGCACCUGUAGGAGUAUUAUUGUGGUUAUUUGGGUAUUCUCUCUCACCAUUACUCUCCCAUGGGCUAUAUUCUUCAAUUUGGAGCCCAUACCGGAGACCGAUCUUCAUGUGUGUACAGACAGGUGGCCAGAUGAACAGAGUGGUAACCUGUACUUCGUGUUGGCUAAUCUUAUUAUGUGUUACCUCUUGCCUCUCACUGCCAUCUCUGUCUGCUACAUUCUCAUCUGGCGAAAGGUGUGGCGUCGCAAGCUUCCAGGAGAGCAACAGGACGUAGGUGUGGCUAUGAUGAUGCAGCGGUCUAAGAUAAAGGUCAUCAAGAUGCUGUUGGUUGUGGUCAUCUUGUUCGCUUUAUCCUGGUUGCCUCUGUACGCCAUCUUUGCCAGGCUUAAGCUGGGUGUAGCGCCAACAGAAAUGGAAAACCACAUCAUUCACAUAUUGGCGCCUAUUGCCCAGUGGCUUGGCGCCUCUAACUCCUGUAUCAACCCUGUGCUGUACGCCUUCUUUAAUGACAAGUUCCGUUCUGGUUUUAAGGCCAUCCUCGUGUCAAGGUCGUGCUGUUCGCCUCUCCGCCUUGACUCUAACUGCAAGAACUAUCACUCAUCUGUCAGGGCUCAUAACCUGUGUUCUCUUGAGUCUAAAGCAUCGUCUGAGUUCUCAAUCUAUUCAAGCAGUUCUGGAUCAGCUGAGACGAGGAGGAAGAGUGUGUUGGUGCAGAUCCCACUAGACAGCCACUCUCCGCGCACCACCGUCACCACAACAACAUCAGCCUCGGAGAAGAAGCGAUCAGUUGUAUCACAGCGAACAAGGCGCUCAAUGGUGCUCUACCGACAGUGUAUCAUUAAUAAUUUUACUAACGGCGCUGCUUCUACUACUGCUACUACUACUACUACUGCUACUACUACUACUACUACUACUGCUGCUGCUACGUCUACUUCCACUCCUUCGUCAUCAUCAACUAGCUCCUUCUCAACCACGACGCAAGUUAACGGCUCCACCACUCUUGUUUAAGAAGUGUUCAAUCUCCAACAUUAUCUUCAACAUUAUCUCCAACACUACCAUUAUCGCCUCUUUCGUCCUUCUCCACCACCACCAUAACCACAAUUACCACCAAUAUCACCAAAUAUAUAUCUAAGCACCAACAGACCCCAGUCCUAAUAGACCCCAGUCCUAAUAGACCCCAGCCCUUAAAGAUCCUAUACAUAAUAGACCACAGUUCUAAUAGACCCCAAUAUAUUGAUGCCUGGGGCUAAUUUCACCAGUUAAACACACAAUUGUCAAGGUAUUAGCCCCAUACAUGAAAACACUGACAUUUAGCAUAGUUAGCCCUUGAAAUUAGAAGAAAACGGAGCAAAUUGUCGCACAAACUAUACUAAAUGUUUUGGUAUUUGUUAAGGAAGACUAGAGGUGGUUGGGGAGACUAAUUACCUGUUGGGGAGGUUAUUUAAUGUUUGAGGAGGAUAUUUAAUGCUUGGAGAGGAUAAUUACUAGUUGGGGAGGACAUUUAAUGACUGGGGAAGAGAAUUAAUGGUCGGGGAAGAGUGGAGGCUGGUACAGUGGAGCCCACAGUUUUUUCACCUAAAGAAUAACCGAACCCUACCCCACCCCACCCCACCCCACCCCACCCCACCCCAAAUAGCAUCAGGGUGUCUAAUUUUCAGGUGAAAUAAGAUUGUGUAGCCUUGGUAGAGAGAGACUUUGAUCUAUGUAUAACACCAAAAUAUAUGUAAUAAAUCAAUGUAUCUUAUAUAUGUAUACUUAAAAAUAUAUUAUACCAUCACACACACAUAACAUAACCAUGAUAUAAUCUUAAACCUUUAAUUCUAGCUUAUAUAACCCGUAUAUAUAUAUGACUAUGUUUAUAGGUAAAUAAUAAAAAAAAUUGAUAUGAGAAACAUGAUAUCAACUUAAUCCUAUCAUGUAGACUGAUAAGACAUGAUAUCUACCUUCUCGGUGUGAUAUAUUAGACAUGAUAUACUGAACAGCAUUGAUGAUCAUGUUAUCUGCUAAAUUAUAUCAUGUUGACUCAAUCUUGUUAUCAUGUUAUAUUGUUAUCAUGUUAAGUAAAGUUAGGGGGAACUUUACUAAAUAAGGUAACGAGAAUUAUAUGUAUAUUAAUGUAUUUUUUUGUGUAUAUGUGUACAUGUAUACAUAUAGGAACGUGUAUGUGUGUGUGUAUAUCUAUGUAUACCAAAAAGGCUUUACUUGUGAUGAAUAACAAUGUAUAAAAUGUG